AUGUUCCAUCGAGUGACUUUUGCCGUGGUAAGCUCUAAUUUUUGAGGUUAUGUAAUCAUUUUUGAAAAAAUUGAUUGUAAUUGUUGUUUUUGCAGGCAUUCUUGGUGCAUUUCGGAUGGGCGCAGACGUCCGAUGAAGGCCGUGAAUUUUGUAUUGACAGAUUCUGCCCUGCAGGCACAUUUUGCGAGCCAAGAUUUGUUGUGAAAUGUGUGCGACAGCCAUGUAAACCGAUCCUAAUGUGUUUGCCUAUCAGUGAAAAUGGUGAGUUUUGGAAUUUUUGGUCACUUACUGGCAAAUUGUUAAGAUUAACUACUAAUUUAUGACUUGAAAUUCCAGGAUGUGCCCGAAAAACAUGUCCAGAUGGUACGGUAUGUGUCGAGCGAGUGAUCCCUUGUAUAUCACAGAACUGCGCAAAGAAAGCAACUUGCGCCAAGCCGGGAAGUAAGUUCGAGCGUUCUGAGGAGGCUUUAUAUACCAUUAAUUCUUUCAAAUUUUUAAGUCUCAUAGGUAAGGAAUAACGUUGUUUUCAGCAUGUGACGCCCUUGUAUGUCCACCAUCCCACCACUGUGAGCUGAAUGGCAGUGGUGUCCCGACUUGUGAACGAGGUCUCUUCAAAGCCAAAGAUGUCAAAGUUGAGCUGGCUCAACUCCAGAAGACUCCGGAUGCGCAGUAA